UGCAUUAGCCAUUGUAGAUUAUAGAAAACACAAGGAAAGCUAAUCUCAAACGAAUAUUCGAACAAUCAAUCAUUCCAAUCUUCCCCAAUUACCUAAUUUAGUUUUGCUCUCAAUUCGUUUUUUAAUCCCACUGCCCUCUCUGCUAAAAGUUUUCUUUACUGCCCAACUUCUCCCGAAGAAGGUUAAUAUCUGAUAAGGCAAAUCUCCUUCCUGGAGCAAAGAAAGGAAACUACUCUAUGAAAAGCAAACUGCCCAAGGGGCUAACUAAUCUAGUCUACCUGUCCUGGGAAAUUUUUGAAGUUGCGAGUCUGUCGUUUAGUUAUGAUUUAGAUAAUACUCCACAUGAUUUAUUGUGUUUCCUUUCCUUAUGGUCGUGUUAUCAUGGUUCACUGUGUCGAUCUUUUAAAGGAUAGAUCUGUGGUUUAAAUUAGCCUUGUAUAUGUUGUCUGCAUGCAUUAAGUAAUUAUGCACUUAAUGGAAUGCCUGCGAUUCCUUGGCAGGGGUUGGUUUUGUGUCAUUGUACCAGGAUUUGUCCUAGGUCGAGUUGAACGUUUUAGUUCUAUGUUCUAUGGAAUCAGAUUCAGAUAGUAGCACUUCAACUGAAAUUAGUGAUGGUUGGUAUGAUGGUGUCAGGCAAUACGAUCCAGUGCAGUCAUCACUGAUACCUGGGCUUCCUGAUGAUAUUACCUUUUUCUGCUUGGCAAGGGUUCCUAGGAAGUAUCAUGCAGUCCUGAAAUGUGUUUCAAAGCGAUGGAGAGAUUUAGUUUCUAGUGAAGAGUGGUAUUUAUACCGGAAAAAGCAUCACCUGGAGGAGACAUGGAUUUAUGCUUUGUGCAAAGAUGAGUUGGACCACCUUGGCUGUUAUGUUUUAGACCCCAAUCGGUUACUAAGUGGGUGGAAGCGCAUCCAAGGCCUUCCUGGUUGUUGUAAAAGGAGAAGAGGCAUGGGCUUCGAAGUGUUGGGAAAGAGAGUUUACCUCAUUGGUGGCUGCGGUUAUAUUGAAGAUGCUACCAAUGAAGCCUAUUGCUAUGAUGCUGGUACGAACUGCUGGAGUGAAGCUGCUCGCUUGCCAGUUGCAAGGUGCUAUUUUGCCUGCCAAGCUGUGGAUAACAAAAUCUUUGCCAUUGGUGGUUCAGAUCCUGGAUCAAGCAAUCUGCAGUCCUUGGAUGCUUAUGAUCCUCAGACAAAUUGUUGGAAUUCGCAUGUGGACCCUAAUGUUCUUGAUGAUAUUGAAGAUUCAGUAGUCUUGGAUGGGAAAAUCUAUGUUCGUUGUGGUUCGUCUGCUGUAUCUUCGCAUGUAUAUGCUCUUGCUUAUGAACCAUCAAGUGGUACAUGGGAACAGGCUGCUCCAGAUAUGGUCAUGGGCUGGCGGGGUCCUGCUAUCGUUGUGAAUGGGACUCUUUAUGUCUUGAACCAGACUUCAGGAACCCAGUUGAUAAUGUGGCAGAAGGAUACCAGACAAUGGAUCUCUGUCAGGAGAUUUUCAUCUAAAUGGACGAGGCCACCAUGCCGGCUCAUAGCAAUUGGGGAGGACAUAUUAAUUAUUGGCAAGGGGCUUAGCACCAUGGUGUUUUCUACUAAAAAUGCUGGAAAAAUGGAUGGAAUAAUGUUGAGCUCGUCGUUUCGAGGGUUAAAUUCUGACUUAGAAGUGAUAAAUUGUAGAUCUAUUGCAGUCUAGAACCCAAAAAAACUGACUUCCAGCAUAUGUGGAUAGUUAACAUCUCUUUUCUUCCCAUA